UCGGGGUCUGGCCCUCAGUGCCCAAGUGCCGAGUGCCAACCGCUGAGAUCUCCUCUGGAGGUAAAAGCCCAGGUCCCUGCCUUGCUCAGGCAAGCCCCUGCCGCUCCUGGGGCUCAGGACGCAAGGCCCAGCCCAGGGUUCCCGCUCUGUCCACACCUUCCUCCCGGCCCAGCUGGGCUCCUCUCCCGCGCCCACACACGAUCUCUGCGGAGCGCCAUCCCUCUGUGCCCUCAGGGCCCCACGGAAAUCGGCCUCUGGCCACACACAGCCCUGGCCCGGGGGAGCGCGCCGGCGGGGGGGGGGGGGGGGGGGUGCGCUGACCCGGGGGUGACAGGGUGGGGGGUGUGUGACUCCAUCCGGUCUCAGGAUGGGAGUUGGGGCAGAAGCCGUGAUGCCCCUCGCGCGGGUAAUUCCUCCCGAGUCGCUUGCUGACCUGGGGCGCUCCGGCCGGUCGCAGACACGCGUGGGACCCUCGUGGCCGGCCCCCUCCCGCGGCCUGGGGCCGGGCGGUGAGCUGCGGCAGGUCUCAGGGCUCAGUGGUGGGUGAGCGCUGCCGCUGGGGCCAGAAACCCAGCACAGCCCAGGACCGAGGCGCGCCAAGCCCAGGACAGCCGCUUGCGGGUCGCGGGGUCCCUCUGGCGCCGCUGAAAGACUCUGGCCGCGAGUAGCCCGGGGGGCAGCGGGUGGGAGGAGGCUGCGGAGAGGGAGGAGAUCGUGGCUUAUCAAAAAGGUCUCAAUAGAGCUGGCUUCAUCUCCCACCCGCGGGGCGGAAGUCAGCUCCGCACCCAGGAGCUGCCUGUGGGUCCCUCCGGGCAGGGACCCGCGCACUUGCCAACGGCGGGGCCAUCGCAGAGCCCAGAGGAAGCGGAAUGAAGGGCUCGGGGCGUGGGGCGGGGGUGUCCGCCGGGCGGCCCCGACUGCGACUGUAGCUAUGGCUCGACCUGUCGCAUCGAGCCGGACCCCGGAGUCUUGGUACCUCAGUGCCCUCCUCUGUACAGUGGGAGCUGGGAGGGGCGGCUUCCGAAGCGCGUUUGGCUCUGACCGCCAGGGACUGGCCAGGGUCUCAGGCCCUAGUCGGGAGCCCCGAACCGGGCACUGAAAACUGGACGGAAAUCUGGGAGCCGAGCCCCGCGGCGCCGCUGCCCAGAAAAAUGGCUCGAGUGUGUGGGCGGGUGAGUGGGGUGACUAUGAGUAACCUACCAUCGUUUGGAGCUUCGCAGGUGCGACGCCCCCCUCCCAAAGUCCCGGACCCCUCCCCAGCGGCAGAGAAGUGGGCACAGCUGGGGUGAAUGGGGUCCAGAAAGCCCAACACACACGCGAACACACACAGCCAUGGACACACGAACGCACCGCAACUCGCACACGGACACACACGUGCCCUCACAUCUCCGCGAUGGGAAGGCGCUCGGAGAGCGCGAAACGGUCCGCCUGCAGGGCCCCCUCGGAAGCGUGGCACCUCCCCCGGGGCUGGAGGGACCGUCCAGCUCCGGCAGCGCCGUCUGCCCGGAAUUGGGCACGCUCGGCUGGCAGGAAAGGCUUAAUCCGCAAGGGACGCCUCCGAAAGUGCCCGCCUGCCCCGCCGGCACGAGGUGGGGGCUGUCAAUCCCAGGAGACGUUGCCAGUCCCCAAAGCUCGGAGCUGGGGGGUGGGGGAGGGCACAGGAGAGCCAAGAACGAGGGCGUGGGAAGCCCCCAGACCUGGGGUGUAUAGCGUCUUUUUAACCCCAUACGGACAUCUAAGAAACUUGGAGCGGUCCCGCGACCCCCUCUCGGGACUUAGCGACGUAGUGAGGCUCUGCUCCCGGCGCUCCCCACCCGGCACGCAGGUGUGGACGACUUGAGUCCUUGGGGACCGGGUCCGGGCCCCGCGGGUGUUCAGUGCAGCCGAGCGGGUUGAGCCGAAUUCUGUCUCCCGGGUCCUCCGUGGCCUCCCACACGCCCCGAGCCCCGUCGGAUAUUUGGGGACACCAAGCAGGUGGCCCAUCCAGGAGUCCGAGGCCGCGGCCCGGCCCACCCUCCUCUCCCCACCCCACUCCUUCCGUUCUCGGCUGGGAUCAGGGACGGGCCGGUAGAGGGUGGUGCGAAGGCCGCGGCGGCGCCGGGGGUUGGGGGAAGUUUCCCCCACUACGCACCCCUACGACCCCAGCCGAGCAGCGGGCUCGGGCCGCAGACAAUUAAAGCGGGAUUCCUCCCCCGCUGACGUCGGCAGCGCGAGGCCCCUCCCGCGGUGGCAUAAAAGGCGCGGGCUCCGCAGCGCAGGCGGCAGUGGGGGCCGGACAGCGCGGCGGUGCGGACUGCGCGGCGGAACAGUGAGCAGCGCGGCGCCCAGAGCGCUGGCCGCCCGCGGAGCUCCAGCCGAGCCGAGCCCGGCCCGGAGCGCCGGGUCCCAGCGCCCGCAGCCAUGCUGGCCGGCCGCGCCGCGCGCACCUGUGCGCUGCUCGCCCUCUGCCUCCUGGGCAGCGGGGCCCAGGAUUUUGGGCCAACGCGCUUCAUCUGCACCUCGGUGCCGGUGGACACCGACAUGUGCGCCGCGUCCGUGGCCGCCGGCGGCGCCGAGGAGCUCCGGAGCAACGUGCUGCAGCUCCGCGAGACCGUGCUGCAGCAGAAGGAGACCAUCCUGAGCCAGAAGGAGACCAUCCGCGAGCUGACCACCAAGCUGGGCCGCUGCGAGAGCCAGAGCACGCUGGACGCGAGCGCCGGCGAGGCGCGGACGGGCGGCGGCCGCAAGCAGCCCGGCUCGGGCAAGAACACCAUGGGCGACCUGUCUCGGACGCCGGCCGCCGAGACGCUCAGCCAACUCGGGCAAACUUUGCAGUCGCUCAAAACCCGCCUGGAGAACCUCGAGCAGUACAGCCGGCUCAAUUCCUCCAGCCAGACCAACAGCCUCAAGGAUCUGCUGCAGAGCAAGAUCGAUGACCUGGAGAGGCAGGUGCUGUCUCGGGUGAACACUCUGGAGGAGGGCAAGGGGGGCCCCAGAAAUGACACCGAGGAAAGAGUCAAGAUCGAGAGUGCCCUGACUUCCCUGCACCAGCGGAUCAGCGAGCUCGAGAAAGGUCAGAAGGACAACCGCCCUGGAGACAAGUUCCAGCUCACAUUCCCCCUGCGGACCAACUACAUGUAUGCCAAGGUGAAGAAGAGCCUGCCGGAGAUGUACGCCUUCACGGUGUGCAUGUGGCUCAAGUCCAGCGCAGCGCCAGGGGUGGGCACGCCCUUCUCCUAUGCUGUGCCCGGCCAGGCCAAUGAGCUGGUCCUCAUUGAGUGGGGCAACAACCCCAUGGAGAUCCUCAUCAACGACAAGGUGGCUAAGCUGCCCUUUGUAAUCAAUGAUGGCAAGUGGCACCACAUCUGCAUCACCUGGACCACCCGGGACGGGGUCUGGGAAGCCUACCAGGAUGGCACCCAGGGAGGCAACGGCGAGAACUUGGCGCCCUAUCACCCUAUCAAGCCACAGGGCGUGCUGGUGCUGGGCCAGGAGCAGGACACUCUGGGUGGCGGGUUUGAUGCCACCCAAGCGUUCGUGGGCGAGCUGGCCCAUUUCAACAUCUGGGACCGCAAGCUGACCCCGGGGGAGGUGUACAACCUGGCCACCUGCAGCACCAAGGCCCUUUCCGGCAAUGUCAUUGCCUGGUCUGAGUCCCACAUCGAGAUCUACGGCGGAGCCACCAAGUGGACGUUCGAAGCCUGUCGCCAGAUCAACUGAGGCCCAGGGCCGGGCUGAGCCUCCUGGUCCCCAGGUCCCCAGCCCCUUCCCGCUUCCCCCCUGCUUGUGCGGUGAUGAUCCGUCGUCUCUUCUUCUCUCCCUUUCCCCCAGGAAUGACUCAAGGCCAUCGCCCUCGUACAUGCGCACACGCACACAGCCUGGUUUCGUCCUCGUGCACGUGAAGCAGGCCCGGCUCCCAUCCGUCCCCGAGGUGUCCCCACUUCUCUCUAGGAGCCCGCACUGUUUCUCAGGCAUGCCCUGUUCACCAGUAAAGCCGGCAGCUGCAACAUUUUGAAAAAUGCACACGUAGGUGAGAGGACCUGUGUGUGAGUGUAUGUGUGUGUGUGUGUGUGUGUGUGUGUUUGUGUGUCUACAAGGGUCUGUCUCUCUGGGGAGGCCUUCUCUUUUUAAAUGAGGUAUUUCAUUUCUUCUUUCUCUGUGGCUUUGGGAAAUCUCAUGACUGGUCUAAUAUCUGCAUUGCCAACUUUGGUGUCUGCCCGUGUGCCUUGGGGCUGGUGCAUCUUCUUCUGCAAUGCGUUCGUCUUUGUUUGUAAACGUUCUUCAGAGCGACAUAUCUCUAUAUUGAUAAAAUAAAUAUCUUGUAGCAGUUUGUUAAAGGCCGGGGGCCUCUCCAUGGAGAAUUUGUAUCUUGUCAUAGAAGGAAUUCUCUCUGAAGGGUUGAAGGCAGACAGUGUCCUGUAAUGGCACCACGUGCUGGGCAGGGGCAGAGGAGGAGGGACCAGCCUCAGGAUCCGGGCAGUCCCUCUCCCAACCCCCAGUGCCUGGCCAGCAUCCUGCUGUUGGCAUCUGAGGGCAGCCCUGGGCCUGGGAGGCCAGCCUGCAUACCCAGCUCGGCCAGCUCUGGCCCAGGAUACCGUCUGUGGCCCUCAGCCUUCCCACGUCCUCAGACUCCCCUUCAGCUGCCAGCUAGCGCCCCCAAGAGAGGAACAUCCCAUCCACAGCCCAGGAAGCCAGGACCCCUGGUCUCCUCCCCUUGACCUCUGGCAGUGGGAGACCAGAGGCUUCGGUGGGUCAGCUUGAGAGCAGACCUUUUAGACCAGGAAACCCACACUCUGAUUACGACCCAGCCACACAGGGCCACUGGAACUUGAACCCAGCCAGUCGACGGGCCAGGUCCGUGGUAACUCUGACAGCCAUAUUCUUCACCCGGGCCGAGGCGAGCCCUCCAAGGGGGCAGGUCCUCCGGAGACCUCUUCUGGGGAGCCACGCAUGGCUAGGCCGGGGCCUGAAAUCCACUCCCCCAUCUUACAGAGCGCAAAUCCUAUGUAGCCCCCAACCUGUCACCAGCUGGUGACACUGAGACCCAGCCAGUGUCCAGAAGCUUUGACAUUUCUUUCCCUCCAUGAAAAACUAACAUGUGCGCCUCCUUCUAGUCCUUCCAAGGCGGGGAGAAAAGUGCGUGUGUGUGUGUGUGUGUGUGUGUGUGUGUGUGUGUGUGUUGAAUGAGAGCGAGCAGAAUAGCACUCAGACGGAUCACACCCAGGGGAGGGUGAGCUCCCUGCUUUGUUGCACCAUCUGGGGGUCGCACACCCUGAGGGCAACCUGGACUCUGUCACCAGGAGUCUAAUUAGCAAAAGGCUGGCAAGUCUUUCUAGAAAUUUUACUGCACUGCCUGGCUCAUCUACAGCUGCAGACAUUUCUUCAGGAGGAGCAGGUGUUUCUGUCUUCUGUUCCUUCCAGGGCACCUGUCUCCUUAAACGCAGGUCCGUGUUGUGUCGGAAACCUAGUGCAUCUGUGUGUGUCUGUGUUGGUGUCUCUGUGUUGGUGUCCGCGUAGGUGUCUGCACGGUACCCAGUCGCCAUUCUGCAAUGCAUCACUCUAGUGCCGAGGGUGAGGUCCAGGCGCCAGGCUACGUGUUGUGGUUCAACGGUGGCUUCUUCUGAGACCGCUGUGCUUUGUCAGAGCCCAUCGGGCUGUGGCAUCUGUGGAUCUGAAGGGAUCUUCUCUGUUUGCAUGUUCCUUGGGGUGGCAUGUCCCUUGCUUCCUCAGUCUGGUGUGUGUUCCCCUGCCUGCAUGAACUUCUCUGGUUCUGUGUUGUGUGCCCAGUGCCACCCAUUGUUCUGUGACCAUCCAUGUAGCUACUAAAAAUGGCUGGGUAAGCAAGCCAAGGGUGUCGGAGGAGGUCAAGGGAGAGAUCGAUUCCCUCUCCCCCUCCCCACUCCCCAAACACACCAAGAAGUAUUUUUAACAUGUAGGUUGAGAACAAGCCUAACAAUGCUUGUGGUUGGGAAAGAGUGAGAGCUUAGUAUCCCCCUCUAGACCAGAUCGGCCCCACCCCUCACUUCAGCCAUCUCAGAGCUGUUGGCAAGGCCCAGAGUGUGCUAGGUGCUCUCCCAUCAGCACCUCCCACCAGCCCCUGCCGAUCUAUGGAUCUACCAGACCCUGGACCACCUCCUGUCCCAGUGGGCGCAGUGGGAGCUGUCCUUUCAGGACCACAAGCCAUCCUCUGCCCUAAGUAGAGAGGGGCAGAGCACACCCCAGAUGCUUACGCCUGUGUCCCUUCAGCCUCCCGACCUGUUCACCCUCCUCGCCCCUCCCCUGACACACCUGCGGUGCCAGGGAUGGAAGCUGAUGUUUAACUCCCUCCGCCCUCCCCAGCUGGAGCCUGUGCCAAGCCCCGGACUCCCUUACGGUGGUAACACUUGGCACUUUGCCAGCCCGGAGGAAGGCCGAUUACACAGCCACAGAUCUAAUCCACAUAGUUUCCAUCUACCCCUUAAUCUGACUGAUGUUCCCUCUUGCACUGAAAUAAUACAUGCCUAUCUCAGGUAAGCCAUUUUAUAAAAGAAGAAGAUAAAAAAGCACUGUCGAGACAGUGUUUGCUUUCACCGAGCUGGUGUCCCACAGCUCCCUGGGUGUCCGAGGUGGGAGAGCUGCUGACAGAGGCUCUCCGGGCCCUCGGGGGAUUAGAGCCCACUUGAAUCGUAAGCCUUUCUUGCUUUUGAUAACAGUAUUAUUUCUCUUACUCUAGACGAAAAAGUUUAUUACCAAACAAGAGUAUUUUUAUGAAAGAAAAGGACAAACCUAUAAAUUAACUCAACCUAUAUUUCCCUUGAAAAUACUUUCAGGCUCCGCCAAAAACGUAGAACUGAAAGCAUGUUAUUUUGGAAGAAAGAGAUACAUUUUGUAUGCUUUCUGUUCCUUUUGUAGAUUCACAGUUUUAUUUUCUAAGACUGCAAAGAUCACUUUGUCACCAGCCCUGGGACCUGAGACCAAGGGGGUGUCUUGUGGGGAGUGAAGGGGAGGGAAGAGGCUGGCAUGAAGGUCACAGUCAUUCCAAUGUGCUCCAAAGAGGGGCCACCUGUUCUCAAAGAUGUGUCGGGGAUGGGAUGCACACUGGCCAUUUAUGGUGGCCCCUCUGUCUCGAGCUGACUUGUUAAGUGGAAUGAGUUGAGGACUUGAUGGUCAGUUCCAACCCUGAUAGAAGAAACUAGGGUUCCGAAUUGUAAACAUUAAGAGGAUAGUAUCCUUUGUAACCUUAUGGCAACCAAAAUGUGGCUUAAAGCAGUCAUGGUUUCAUCUCUUAAAACACAGUGUGUAAAUUUAUUCAGCUAAUGACGGGAAAUGUAUCACUUCCAUGCACAGUGGACUUAAGUGCCAUUUGUUGCAGGGGAACAAGUCAAUGAGGAGAAAAAAAGCCCAAAUACUUAAAGUCCCAAUUUUGUCUUAUUUGCCAAAAAAAAAACAAAAAAAUCAACGACAACAAAGCAAACCCCCUAUGGUUGAUAUUGUUAUAUUGUAUAUACUGUAUAAUAGGAAACAGAAUUGAUGUAUCUUACUUUUUCAUUAUUUGCUAACCAAAGCUGUACAUUUUUCAUAUGAUCCGCAGCCUUUUGGGUAUCUAAUGGGUCAAAACCAUGGGACCUGCCACCUCCCAUAAGCAGUUCUGGAAAUGCACUAUUUCUACUGGUAUUCUUGCUUUUUUCUUUUUC